AUGCAACGGAAGGUCCGAGACGGCGAAUUCAAGCUUGGCUUGCUAAAGCCAGACACCUUUGCAGAAGACAGAUUACUGCGUCAGCCGCCUGGUGUGUGCAUAAUGCUUGUCAUGUACAACCGCUAUCACGACUAUGCCGCACGGCAGCUCCGUCGCAUAAACGAAAAUGGUGGGUUCUCGGUCCCAUCAAAGUAUGCUGGGGAGAAGCCCGUGGCAGUCGCACGGGAACGUGUUCCUGCAUUUAAGACAGAGGAGGAUUCCGCAGCUACUUGA